AGUGGUCCAGCUUUACCAGCUAAUGCCAGCUGGACACUACUCAGGAUCCAAAUGUGGACACUCGGCAAGACGUAGCGGCGGGAGCAGCCCUCACUAUCAUCAAGCCUUGCAGUGCACCAUCCUUCCUACGAACGCCCAGUCGAGUUCUGUUAUAUAACGUUCGCCACGCCUCUGUUGAUCUUCAUCACAGCGGCCAGGUCUCACCGCAACAACUCGGUCCUGUUUCGAACCACACUCAACAUCGCCAAUAUCAGGAUCUGCUUCGACGACUCUGUCCAACUUUGUAGUCAACAUGUCUGACGGUCUGAACGAUGCCCGAGCUAUGCGAGUAGCAGAGAUCAUGACCGACUUCCGCAAUCUCCAGCACUACCUAAGUCAGCUGCGCGCAACACCGACCGCGGAAGAGUACUACCUCGAAGGAUACUCGCUCCUUCGAUCAUGCGCCAGCGAAGCUCAAACUAUCCUCCAGACGCCGUUUUCCGCUAGCACAGGGGCAUCUACUGGGGACCCUGAACGCGAGAAGCAGCAAUUGAAGACUAUCAUCACAGACGCUGCGGUACGACGAUUCCAGUGUCAGCGAGCAUAUCUGAGGGCGCACGCGGGUCUAAGGUGGAUGAACUCGCGGCACAGCAUUCUGCGAAGCCAACCCCCGAACGCAAGUCACAUCGCAGCGCUACAGCAAGUGGAUAGCACGCUACGUAAUGAGCUCCUCGCUAUUACAGAUACCUACGUCGAAAGCACACUGCGCAACCAGGACGCUGCUCAGGGCAAGUGGCUUGCAGAGGAUCCAUCGCUCGCUCAGGUCCAGCAAACGCUCAUGCGCCGAUAAACACCACGACCGAUCUACGUCCUUCCGCGAUUUGCACUACUGCAUUCGGGCAUUCAGCCUCAAGGCGCCACGCAUCUCCUACUCGAUACCCAUCUCAUCUUACGUUACGCGUCAUCGACACAGCAUGGCUUUCUACCUGCGGCUUCCCAGUAUACCGUGCGACAAAUUCGGGUACUCUUUUGCUUUAUCAAUUUACCCAAGACAGCAAUGCCUUGUGGGGGGACGCUUUCUCGACACCAAUUAUUUGGUGUGCGUCUCUCGGGAUCUCCCGACCCUUCCCCUCUUUUCCCUGCUUUGUGCUGGUCACACUUUUGAAAAGUAUACACUUUUUUUCUGGUUCUUGAUAACGCUACAUAGCGGUCAAUUUUAGCGCUGGUGUUGGUCUGAUUUCGUUCAAAUACUUCUAGCCCAAUU